AUGUCAAACUCCAUCGCGGCGCGUUGUUGUACUUCUCCCGCGUCGACGACGACGACGACGAGGCAAAUCCGAGGGGUGAGAGUCCCUUUUAGUCACGCUUCGGGGGUCUCCCCGACGAGAGAGAGAAGAGGACGACGACGACGACGACGAUCGUCGUCCGCGAUCGUCGUCCUCGCGUUCUCAUCAUCGACCGGUGGUAAAAGUGGUAAAAGUGGUAAUGUCGUCGGAGCGACGACGUCCUCGUCGACAGAUACGACGACGAAUUCGACCAACAACACGUUCAAAGAAGAAGAAGAAGAAGAAGAUAGAGCGCAAGCGAAUAAUAAAAAAGAUAUCCAACAGAAGGCUCAUCAAAAUGAUGAGGAAGAAGGUAACAAAGAAGAAGAAGGUAAAGAAGGUCAAGCGUGUCCGUACAGUUCGGUGAAAUCCUUCUUCGGCAUGGAAAAGAAAGAAGUCCCAGAUUUACGACCGGAAGACGGUUCGGAACCGCCGGUGAUUGAUGAUAUCUCGUUUUUAAAGUCUCUGGUGAAAGCGGCUCAACAUCCAGUCGGAAUGCCCAUCGCCAUGCUCGAUUGGGCGGAACAAAAAGGUGAAUGCGUGGGUAUUCAGAAUGCGAUUGGUCCAGAUUGCGUCUCCAUUCUUGAUCCAGAAAUCGUAGAGUAUGUCUGUCACACGAACGCGAAGAACUAUAAGCUUCGGAUGUUGCCAGACGCCUUUCGGUUUGUGAUUAAGAACAAAGGCAUCACCGGGUCAGACGGACAAUAUAACCGAGAACAUCGAUUGAUGUGCCAAAAGCCAUUCAUAAACUCGUUUUCGCUGACGCAGUUCUCCAACACGGUCGAAGAACGAAUCAAUUACAUGUGCGAAACGUGGAGAACGGCGUGUACCAUGCGAGAAGAGGGAAAAAUAAACGUAAAUAUUGACAACGACUCGCAGUUGGUCACGCUAGACGUCAUCGGCAAAGUUGCGUUUGCGUUUGAUUUCGAGCAAUGCGAAUCGCACGCCGCGAAACUCUUGCGAGACGAAGAUAUCGUCAGCGAUAACAUUUCUCAAAUUUUAGAUUCAUACAACGGAACGUCAGAAAUCAUGGGACAACUCUUCAUCACGCCUGGGCCUAUUUUGAAGUUGCAAUACGCGCUCGGCAUUGGGCGAGUGCGAGAGUUGAAGGAAAAAUACGCAAUUUUAGAAUCAGUUGGAACAAAACUCAUUACUGAGCGACGAGAAACGGUCAAAGAACGCGUCGAAGAAGGCGAUUUUAACGAUUAUUGUUUGUUGGACGUCCUCGUCAAAGCCACGGACGAAGAUGGGAACUUGUUGCCGGAUGACGAUUUGUGGGGCGAUAUUAACGAUGUCAUGGCUGCCGGGCACCGGACGACUGCGAGUAAUUUCACGGUGAACUUGUUUCAUGUGGCGAGGAAUCCAGAAAUACAGCGUCGCAUCGAAGAAGAGGUCGCUUUGUUGGGUGGUCGAGCGCCAACGUUUGAUGACGUCCAAGAAGGACGCUUGGAUUACACGCGCAUGGUCGUGAAAGAGUCGCUGCGCAAGUACGCGCCGAUUAACUUAUUCCCUCGACUAGCGUCCGACGAAGAUACUUUACCGAGUGGACACAAGGUGAAACCUGGCGACUUUAUUCUGUUAUCUUCCUACGCCAUGGGGAGAAACCCGAGAGUGUGGGAGAAUCCUUUGGAGUUUAAUCCCGACCGGUUUACUGACGAAUCGCUCAGAAUGCAAGCGGACAAGCAAGCCAAGGCAUCCGCGAGGGACGAUCCAGAAAAGCUUGAGAUUGCGAAGGAACGUAUGCGCAGACGCAUGGCAGCUGGGAGAGAUUUCACGUACACGCCGUUCGGGGCGGGCCCGCGAUCGUGCAUCGGCGGUGUCUUUGCUUUGCUCACGGCGACGACGAUGCUCGCGACGGCUGUGCAAAACUUUAAAUUUGGAAAAUGUGACGAUGGAGUGCACGAAGAUCCAGGAGACGAAAUUCCAAUCAUGUAUGAUACGACUAUUUGUUUCCCCGAGGGCGUGUGGCUCUCGAUGAUGCCGCGAGAACCAAAGUUAGGAAGCGAAUUGCAACAGUCUUCGUCUUCUUCUGAGGCGCCUACUCAGUCCAAGGAGGAGGUGCCGACGACUCGAUGA